AUGUCGAUGGAUUUGGAUGCCCCCGUCUAUAUGACGGGGCUGCAGGAUAACAACGUUACUGCCACAAUUCUUUGCUGCAACUGUGGUGCACCUAUUGAUGGAACCACGUCCGCUGGAGCUCUGUGCCAGGAUUGUUUGCGACUAAAUGUCGACGUUUCUCAAGGUAUCCAGCGCGAGGGAACCCUUCACUGUUGCAGAGAUUGUGAGAGAUGGCUCCAGCCCCCCAACAGCUGGGUCGUUGCAAACCCCGAAUCAAAGGAACUCCUUGCAGUCUGUCUGCGACGUCUUCGUGGCUUGUCGAAAGUCCGCAUUAUCGACGCCAGUUUCAUUUGGACCGAGCCUCACUCCCGCCGAGUCAAGGUCAAGAUUACAAUCCAACAAGAGGCUUUCCAGGGCACAAUCAUUCAGCAGACAUUCGAGGUGGAAUAUGUGGUUGCAUCGCAGCAGUGUGAUGACUGCAAGAAGUCAUACACCCAUAACACAUGGCGCGCCGCUGUCCAGGUUCGACAGAAGGUUCCCCACAAGCGUACCUUCUUGUACCUCGAGCAACUUAUCUUGAAGAAUGGCGCCCACAAGGAUACAGUCAACAUCAAGGAGGCGAAGGAUGGCCUCGAUUUCUAUUUCGCUCAGCGAAACCACGCCGAAAAGAUGGUCGACUUCCUGGCUUCCGUCGUCCCUUGCAAGACAAAGAAAUCGCAGGAGCUUAUUUCUAUGGAUAUCCACACCAGCACCAAGUCUUACAAGUUCACAUUUUCCGUUGAAAUUAUUCCCAUAUGCAAGGAUGACCUUGUCGCACUGCCUAUCAAGCUUGCCCGUCAGAUCGGAAACAUCUUGCCCCUUACUCUGUGCUACCGCGUCGGUACCUCUAUCAACCUCUUAGAUCCGACUACCCUCCAAACAUCCGACGUUCCCACAGGAAACUACUGGCGCAAUCCGUUCAAGAACCUUGCCGAUGUGACCGAGCUUAAGGAAUUCAUCGUGAUGGAUAUUGAACCAACUGGUCAGUCAAAUGGCAAAUUCCACCUGGCCGAGGCUACCGUCGCUCGCGCUUCGGACCUGGGAUCGAACGAUAUCACAUACUUCACCCGCACACACUUGGGUGGUGUCCUGCACGUUGGUGACUCUGUGCUGGGUUACCAUCUCAGUGGUACGUUGUAUAACAAUGAUAACUACGAAGCCCUUGAGGCGAGCUCGCAAUACAGCUCGACCCUUCCGGACGUUGUGCUCGUCAGGAAGCACUACGCCCGCAAGAAGAAGCCCAAGAACCGUGCCUGGCGUCUCAAGCGCAUGGCCCGCGAGUACGAGGCCGAGGAGGCUUCUGGUGUUGCCCAGAAGAGCCGUCGCGAGCAGAAUGAUGCCAACCGUCUCGAGGAGGACUUUGAGACAUUCUUGCGUGAUGUUGAAGAGGACCCUGAGUUACGGCAUACUCUGGAUCUUUACAAGGUUCGCAAGGAGCGCCAGGCUGCUGAUGCUAUGGAUGAGGAUGAAGACAAUGAGAGUGACGACGGAGUGCCGGAGAUCAACAUGGAAGAGCUGCUUGAUGACUUUGAUGAGCUGAAUAUGGAUGGAGAAUGA